AGUCUUAAGAGAACAAUGCAUCUCUUAAAUGUGUUUGAACUUAUGGCAGUGAGUGUGCUUCUUAUUGCUGUCAAACUCGAUUCUGCGAUUCUGCUUUUACAGUUUGAUGUUCCUAUAGAGCCUCUGAAGAACACCGGGCUCUGCAAUGUUCACUGAGAUGAGUACUUUGUUCUAAGCAGCUCAGACUGAAGCAGGAGAGUCAUGAGUGCUGACACAGCCAACAGGGUGGAUCUGGACCCUGAUUACAAUUCUGAACUGGCGGACAUGGUAGCAGCUAUGAACAUGGCUGCCAACAGAAUGACCCCUCCUAAUGGAUACAGGACCACCCCACAUCGCCUCAAUCUCUCCGAUCGCAAGCUGUCACUGCAGGAGCGAUCCAGUUACCAGAAUGGCGUCACCCCACGAAUAGCCAGACGACCCACUAUUGAAUCGAAGCGGGUGUCUAUCUCUGAUGGGGAUGACUGUGUCCAGCUAAACCAGUACAAGUUAAAGAAUGAGAUAGGAAAGGGUUCAUAUGGGGUGGUCAAAUUAGCAUAUAAUGAAGAUGAUGACCAGUAUUAUGCUAUGAAGUUGGUAUCCAAAAAGAAGUUAAUGAAGCAGUGUGGAUUCCCACGGCGACCUCCUUCCAGAGAAUCCAAUGGAUCACAAGAGAAUCUUUUAAAGCAUUCUGGCCUGUUGGAUCGAGUUUAUCAGGAAAUUGCUAUUUUGAAGAAACUUGACCAUCUUAAUGUUGUUAAUUUAGUUGAGGUUCUUGAUGAUCCGGCUGAGGAUAACUUGCAUAUGGUCUUUGAGUUGGUACCUAAAGGUCCAGUGAUGGAGGUCCCUACAGACAGUCCUCUAUCAGAAGAAAUGUCCCGUUUCUACUUCAGAGAUGUCAUCCUAGGAAUUGAAUACUUGCACUAUCAGAAAAUCAUACAUAGAGACAUCAAACCCUCAAAUCUGCUGCUGGGGGAUGAUGGGCACAUCAAGAUCGCAGAUUUUGGUGUCAGUAAUAAGUUUGAGGGGAACGAUGCUUUCCUAUCAAACAGUGCAGGAACACCAGCUUUCAUGGCGCCUGAAACUCUGACUGACCAGGACCUGAGGUUCAGUGGAAAGGCUCUGGACAUAUGGGCAAUGGGAGUGACACUGUUUUGUUUCGUCUUUGGAAGGUGUCCUUUUCAUGAUGAAUACAUCUUAGGCCUGCAUGAAAAGAUCAGGACUGCGCCAGUCGAGUUCCCAGUCAUGCCUGUGAUCAGUGAUGGGCUGAAGGAUCUCAUCAUCAGAAUGCUGGACAAAGUUCCUGAAACUAGAAUCACGUUACCAGAAAUCAAGCUGCACCCGUGGGUCACACUGGAUGGCACGGAUCUUCUGCCUCUGGAGGAGGAACACUGCACCGUGGUGGAGGUCACUGAGGAGGAGGUGCAGAACUCUGUCAAACUAGUUGCCAGCCUUUCUGCUGUGAUCCUGGUGAAGUCCAUGCUGAGGAAGCGCUCUUUCAGUAACCCGUUCGAGUGUCCCAGCCGCAGGCAGGGCAGGUCCAUGUCUGCCCCUGGAGUUCUGACUCUGGAUAUGUCGCUGUUUCGCCCUCUAAGCAGAGGGAGUAACAGUAACAGUAACGGAAGCAGAGAGGGGGAGCUGGAGAACCUUAUUGAGGAUGAAACUUUUCCUUAAAUUUGAAAAUAUCAUUUUUCAGAUUGGCCCAGUUGUGUGAUUAGACAUUUUUUCCCAUCUACACUAGAGUAUUUUGAGCAUUACCAUGAUGUGUUACAUUUUAAAUUCUGUAUACUGUACACACUGCGUGAUGAAAGGUUAGAUUUGGAGGUCCCUUUAACAUAUAAUGCAGAAUCUGGCAAUACUUUAUAUUAGAGUAUUAGAUUAUAUUUGUGUUUCAUUUAAUUUACGUGCCAAAUUUAAAGUAAAAUUGAUAGAAAUUUAGAUUUAAAUGCAUGUAUAAAAAGAGCGUAUCAGUGCAUUUGACAGAUAAGCAUGUGAUCAUUUUGAUGAGAUGUAUUAGAAGUCUAUGUGUUAUCAAAGGUCUAUAUUCUGUUUUAUUGUCCUUUUGAAUUUGUGAUGUUGUAUUGUGAAUUUCAUCUGUGGACACACACAUAAAAUGUAAAAUAAAAAGAAUUUAUUUUA